AUGUAUUUUUUCAGAUUAAAACAAAACUGUUUUGAUGAGGCAUCAUCUUUUGUCUUCAUUUGCUCCAAAGGGAAAAAAAGUUUUCUUGAAUUUGAUGAUUUUUUGCCUUUGGUUCAGGAUGUUGUCGACAGCCACCCUGGUCUCACAUUUUUGCAAGACGCUCCUGAGUUUCAUUCUAGAUAUAUACAAACGGUUAUUUCAAGAAUAUUUUAUUGCCUCAAUCGCUCUUGGUCUGGUAAAAUAAGUGUCACUGAAGUGAGACUUAGCAACCUACUACAGACCAUUGAAAAACUAGAAGUGCAAGACGAUAUUAACGCAAUUCUGGAUUACUUUUCAUAUGAACAUUUUUACGUCAUAUAUUGCAAGUUCUGGGAACUCGAUCAGGAUCAUGAUCUGUAUAUCAGCGAAAGUGAUCUGGCAAGACAUAAUAACCACGCUCUUUCAUCCAGAAUUAUUAGUAGAAUAUUCUCUGGCGCUGUAACAAGACAAUUGGUUAAUGGAAAGUUGUCCUACAAAGACUUUGUUUGGUUUUUAAUAUCCGAAGAAGAUAAAAGACACCCAAGAAGCAUUGAAUAUUGGUUCCGAUGUAUGGAUUUGGAUGGCGAUGGUGUUAUUUCAAUGUACGAAAUGGAGUACUUUUAUGAAGAACAAGUCAAAAAAAUGGAACUUCUCGACAUUGAAACUUUGCCAUUUCAAGAUUGUUUGUGCCAGAUGUUAGACAUGAUCAAUCCAGCUGAGCCUGGAAAAAUCAGACUGAAAGAUCUUAAGGCAUCAUCACUCACCACAAUAUUUUUUGACACGUUUUUCAAUUUGGAGAAAUAUCUUCGACACGAGCAAAAAGAUCCAUUUUCGGCAUUAAGAGAUGAAGACAACGGUCUGUCUGAUUUUGAAAGAUUUGCUGCCGAGGAGUAUGAAAUGCUGGUGGCCGAGGAAGGUGGUGGGGAAACGCAGCAAACUGAAGGGUUAAUAAUGUUUUUUAUAUUUAAAAUUAACAUUUUAUUUUUAACUUUCAUUUUUGAUGCAUCGAAUGAGCAAUGA